AUGGCGGUAUCAGACUUAAUAGAUAUCAAGAAGUUUAAGGAGCUUAGGAAAAGCGAUCCUAUAAAAGCCAAGAAUCUUAUGAAAAAAAUAAAAAAGAAGAAUGCAAAGAAGUUAAAGCAAGAAAAAAAGGAUGAGGUAUCAAGCAAUGUAUAUGAACCAACCAAUGAUACACCUGUCUCUAAUCAUGAGGCAUAUGCUGAAUAUGUAGAAGAAGAAAUCGAUGAAGGACUAAUGGAAAAUUUUGAAGACGUAUAUAAAAGGUUUAAAGUUGAUAAAGAGAAUGAAGGAGAAAAUGAGUAUCCGGUAGAAGAGGAUAAAAAAAUUAUUAUGGAUGAAUUUUAUACAGAUAAUGAAGAUGACGACGAAGAAAAAGAAAUGAAAAAUAAUGAAUUUAUUUCUAAAAAAGCAUUAAAAUUAUUAAGAAGACCAUCAAUAAUGAAAUUAAAAGAAUUUGCAACAAAACCCGAACUUGUAGAUAUAUGGGAUACAACAGCUAAUGAUCCAUAUUUUUGUGUUUGGCUAAAAUGCUUAAAAAAUUCUGUCCCAGUACCUCAACAAUGGUGCCAAAAAAGAAAAUAUAUGCAUGGGAAAAGGGGAAUUGAAAAAUUGCCAUAUGUUUUACCACCAUAUAUUCAAGACACAAAAAUAAGUGAAAUAAGACAAGCUAUAAAAGAAAAAGAAGAACAAAAAUCUUUAAAGCAAAAAAUGAGAGAUAGAGUUAGACCCAAAUUGCAUACCAUGGAUAUAGAUUACCAAACACUCCAUGAUGCAUUUUUUAAAUAUGCAACAAAACCCAAGUUAGUAAAAUUUGCAGAUGUAUAUUAUGAAGGAAAAGAAUUUGAACUAAAAACAAAAAAGUUUAGACCAGGUGUAAUAUCUGAAAGAUUAAGAAAAGCUUUAAAUAUUCAGCCUAAUGAUCCAUUACCUUGGCUAGUUAAUAUGCAAAAAUAUGGCUUACCUCCAUCAUUCCCAUAUUUAAAUAUUCCAAGUCUAAAUGAGUUAACUAAAAAUAUGAAUACACAGAAUAUUAAUAAACCUGGUCAUAAUGCAAUGUUCAAUAUCAAUAACCCCAAUCAAGAUACUGGUGGGCUAGCUCCUCCCGGUGUUGGUGAUGGUACUACUACUGAUUUCACUGCUAAUUCAAAUCGACAAGGUACUAAUUUAAAAACAAGAUAUGAAAGUGUUGAUGAGUCCGGAAAUAUUGUUUAUGGCAAUUUUAUAUCACAGAGAACCAAUAAUACAAGUAAUAAUAAAUAUACAGAUGACUUUUUAUGGGGUGAAAUUUCUGAACAUUUCGAAAGUUCUGAAGAGGAGGAAGAAGAAGAAGAAGACAAAGAGAAAGGAAGUAAAGAUGAUGAAAUAGUAAAUUCAGAUGAUGAUGAAAUGAAAAGCCGAAAUGUUGAAUAUAAGGAUAAAAAUAAUUUAAUGGAUUAUCCUGAAGAUAUAAAUUUAAAUGAUAACUUAAAUGAAGAUUUAUUAAAAAAUAAUUAUGCUCAAGGUAUUUAUAGUGUAGGAGCAAACUCAAAACUAACUGGCUCGUAUACUCCAUACAUGGAAAAUGGUUUAACAUCAGUAGAUUUAACCUCAUUUGUAUCAGGAUAUGAAACACCCAAAUAUGGACAUAAUAAUUAUAUGAAUCCACAAAAUUUUAAACCAUAUACAGUUUUACAAAUAGAAGAAGUACCUAUAUCUCAAAAUAAUUUGUUUUCAUCAAAUGCCAAGUAUAAAAUUAAUACACCAAAUAUAUCCGAAGCAGGAAUAUCAACGCCUUUUACAAAUAUAGGCAUAGGUACCCCACAUGUGAAAAAUGAAAUAGGAAAGGGAUUGAAUGCUAACACUAAUAAUUCCAGUAUUGAUGAUAUUAGAAAAGAAUUAAGCAAAUGCGAAGAAGCAUCAAAUAAAAUUAAACUUGUGUCAGCGCAACCCGAUAACCCGAAAAAAACUACAAAGGAUGAUAAGCAAAAAAAAAAAAAACGAUUCUUCAAAUUUUGA